CCACAACUUGCAACAAAAACAAACAGAGCCUUAUUAUCACACAAACGCAAACACAACAAACUUCUUUUUCUCUCUCCUCUGGGGUUAGGUUAGGUCAUUCAACACUCAAUACAUCAAAUUUUGUCUCACACUUCGAUACUUUUCUCCCCUUUUCAAUUUCAAUUCGAUCGUCAAAAACAAUGUUUCUGGUCGAUUGGUUUUACGGCGUUCUAGCAUCGCUUGGAUUGUGGCAGAAAGAGGCUAAGAUCUUGUUCUUAGGUCUCGAUAACGCCGGUAAAACCACCUUGCUUCACAUGCUCAAAGACGAGAGAUUAGUCCAGCAUCAGCCAACACAGUAUCCAACAUCAGAAGAGUUGAGUAUUGGGAAGAUCAAGUUUAAGGCUUUUGAUUUGGGAGGUCAUCAGAUUGCUCGAAGAGUCUGGAAAGAUUACUAUGCUCAGGUAGAUGCAGUGGUCUACUUGGUGGAUGCUUAUGACAAGGAAAGAUUUGCCGAGUCAAAAAAGGAGCUGGAUGCUCUCCUCUCUGAUGAAUCAUUGGCAAAUGUCCCUUUCCUUGUCCUUGGAAACAAAAUAGAUAUUCCAUAUGCUGCCUCAGAAGAAGAGUUACGUUACCAUUUGGGCCUGAGCAACUUCACAACUGGCAAGGGUAAGGUAAAUUUGUCAGACUCAAAUGUCCGUCCCAUGGAGGUAUUCAUGUGCAGUAUUGUGAAGAAGAUGGGUUAUGGUGAAGGUUUCAAAUGGGUUUCUCAAUACAUCAAAUAGUCCUUUAGUAAGAGAUGGCUUGGUAUCUCAUAUAUCUUUUAAGUUUGUUUCUGUACUUAUGAAUUGGAGGUGUUGUUGGUAUGAAAUUGCUGUUCAAGAAAUUGCAGUAUAUUUCGAUUUUCAUUUUAUAAAAGUGACUGGGAACCUACAGUAAAUUUCUGUUAA